AUGGAUGAGGAAUUAAACAUAAACCCUGCAAGUGCGAAAAAAGUGGGUUCGAAGCAUCGCCAUUCUAAAACAGGCGACAUCGUACUAGUAGCAUCCGAAAAUACAAAACGUGACAAAUGGCUAAUGGGCAUCAUCGAUGCAGUCGAAACAGACGGAGAUGGACCCGUACGAACAGCUGUGGUGCAUGCGGGUGACGACAAGAUAAAACGAGAUGUACGUCGUCUGCUUCUAUUAGAUGUAGCCGACUAG